AUGAUUAUCAACUUGAUUCCCAGCUGGUUUGUGAUAUUGUUAUCAUUAACUAGUGUUGUCUAUUCAUGUGAUGAUGUGAACACCAUAGCUUGUCAAGGACUGAACAACACAAUAGAUGUCUGUAGCGAUGACUGUUUUUCACAGAUGUGUCAACGAUUUUGUGGGAAGUGUCCUUUAAAAUGUUAUCAUUGCUUGUCUGUGAACCCAGCAAGUUGUACUUCAACUGAAGAAUGCCAAAACGACCACUUUUCUUGCAUCCAGGAAAAGACUUUGUCAGCCAAUUUUUCCCUGGAAUACAGACUUGGUUGUGUUACUCUGCAGGUAUGUAACCAACUGUAUGGUGAGGGCUGUCAGAGUCCCGGAGUUUGCAAUGAUCACAGAGGGAGUUGUUGUAAAACGGAUCUCUGUAAUGGAAUAGCAUUGUCAUCGAAGGCAAAUCGUGAAGUUUCAACAAGACCCGUUUCAAGGGAAACAAUGACUAAGAGGACUGUAUGUCACGACAUAGAUCCAAAAGCAUGUGCUAGUUUUAAAAGCUCAGUGGCGGGGGCGUGUACAAGGUCUUGUUUCCAACAGUCAUGUCCUCGAACAUGUGGAUUAUGUGUUGAAUGUAUGUAUUGCCCUCGUGUUGAUCGUCCAAUAAAUUGCAAUUCAACAAUAAUUUGUAGCCCUGGUGAGAAAUGUUACACAAUGAAAAUGGUUUCAACAGAGGGAGUUCAUAAAUAUAGGUUGGGAUGUCUUCAUGAAAAGGGCUGUGAAACAAUGAAUGACACAGUUCAACAUGCCAUUGGAAGAAGUGAUGGUUUUGAUAUACCCGUCGAAGGAAACUGCUGCAUUGGCGAGCUAUGCAACCAAAUUAAACCAGUGCAAAUUCAUUAUGGUUCUAGGUCAUUCACUUGGAGAGACUGUGUACCUUCAACCACUGCACAUCCCUAUGUGACUUUUACAUCCAUCUCGGUAUCUCCUUCCCCUGUGGUGGUUCCUGGGAACAUUACAAUCGGAGUGCGAGGAGCAAUUCACCAUCACUUUGGAAAAGACAUCAGGAUUGCAGUUCACAUUGACAAAUACCUUCUUGGAGUGUGGACAAGGAUUCCCUGCAAUAAUAAUAAAGGAUCUUGCAACUACGACAACCCCUGUGAGUUUUUGUCUGCAUAUGCAACCUCAGGAACUUGUCCACCUCAACUUGAGGCACAUGGCCUCCGCUGCACAUGUCCUUUUAAUCCAUCCGAUAUCAAUCUACCUCCGUCAAUAUUCGAGGUGAAAACAAUAAAUGCAGGUUACGAGUUUUUGAUAGCGGGAAAGUUCCGAGUGCAAGCUGAGUUGAUUCACGAUCAUGAUAUAGUGGGAUGCUUCCAUGUCGAAUUUGAUAUCAAAAGGCGUGGAGUUCAUGGAUUUAUCUUUGGACAAAAAUAAAUACAAAGAUCUGCAAAAGCUGGAAAAUGUACGAUUACAAAGAAUUAAGGGAAUACAUUCUGUUUAAGA